GCUCAGACUAGAGUCGGGUAAGGUUCAGACAAAUAGCACGACAUAAAAACAUAUUCAGUAGUGCCGUUUACUGUAGUUCAAGACAACCCCUGCAACCACAGAGCCUGUAGACCUACACCUACAUGAUGUGGGCUGAAAAAUUGGGGAAACAGUUGGGCCACCCGACACGAUCAGUGGCAGGGUGGCUGGUCAGUAGGUUUCUCACAGCACGCAACCGGGUGCUUGAGGAAAAUGCUGUGCAGUUGAGUGGGAUCCAGCCUGGGGAUACAGUGCUGGAGCUGGGUCACGGCCCGGGACUGGGUCUGCAAUCAGCAGCCAAACUGCUCACAGAGCCCACAGGCCGGCUUAUAGGAGUGGAUUAUUCAGAAUACAUGCAUCAGAUGGCAAGUGAGCGAAUGAAGGAGCUUGUGGCCAGUGGGAAAGUGACCCUCCACCACUGUGAUGUAGCAGCAAUGCCUCUGGCAGACAGCAUUGUGGAUAAAGUCUUUCAUUGUAACUGCUACUACUUUUGGCCUGACCUCAGGAAGGGAGCCACAGAGAUACAUCGGGUAAUGAAACCAGGAAGCCUGAUGGUGACCACGCUGCGGCUGUCCAAUGUGGCUACUUUGGCAGCAAAGCGAGUGAUGCCAGGGGGGAACUGGCGCCCGGAGGCCUACAUGGCAGCUCUGAGAGACUCUGGCUUCACAGACGUCAGAAUGGAAGACAGACAGCAUGAACGCAUUACUUUUCAGGCUAUCUAUGCCAGUGCUUCAAAGUGAGAUCCAAAUCAAUCUGCAAGUGAUUGUGUGCAUAAUUCUACCUCAUUUUUGUGAUUGUGACAUUUUUUAUUAUUACGUUCAUUUUCAAGUUAUAAUUUCUGAAGAUGUGAAUGUUGUAACUUGUAAUGUUGAUCAGAAAUGUCUGAGUGUAUUUCUCACACUUGGUUUUAUUCUGUACAGCAGCUUUUGGAUGAAUGAAUGAAUGAAUAUUGAAUGAAAACAAAUCAAACAAAGAAAUAAAGUUAUUUUUUAAAUUGAA